CAGUAGAAUUCUAAAAGCUAUAACCUCUGAAAGGACAGCGAUGAUGCAGGCACACACGUGGUUCGAGUAAAUACUCUGGACUCCUCCGCAAGCAACCAUCUCUACUUCACCUGAAUAAAUCCCCCGUACUUCGGGCACAGAACGGAAGCCCCAAAACGCACCAUGAUGGAACGCCCAGCGGCUCACUCUUUCGGGCCCUCCGCCAGCACCGCCUUCGCAGACACCGCCGGCUCCGGCUAUGAAGGCCGGCCCUCUCAACCCGAGGACGAUUUCGAGUUCACCUUCCCGAUCGGUGGCGCCCGCGAUGAGCCCAUCGUCACCGCCGAUGAGCUCUUCUCCCACGGCCGCAUCCUCCCCGUCUACCCUGUCUUCAACCGCUCCCUUGCCCUCAAUUCGUCGGAGGAGAGUGCGGCGAAGCCUCCAGCCAGGCAGAUCCCCAUUCGCCGGAUUCUCGUCGAGGAGAGUGGCUCUAGAUCUGGGUCGAUCUCGUCGUCGUCGUCGUCCGAGGCGGACGAUCUGGUGUCGACCGCGGCGCGGGAGUACCGUCCACGAACCGUGAGGUCAGCGCCGCAAUCCCCGGAGUGGAGAAGGGAGUGCACGUCCACCGAGACGAGCCGGCGGUGGAAGCUUUGGGAUACCUUGUUCAGCCGCCGGAGCCACAGUGACGGGAAGAAGAAGUCUAUGUUCCUUGAAUUUCCCUCAUCUCCGCCGCUGGAGAGGAGUCCGAGACAAAGCAAAGGCCCAAAUCCAAAACCCGGAGUGAACGGGAAGGCGGCCAAGGGGCCGCGGCGGUCCUUCUUACCGUUCCGUUCGGAGCUCUUCGGCUUUUUCGACGGCUGGAAUCGCCGCCCUUUCUAUUAGCUCGUUCCUUCCAUUACCUUAUUUUUUUUAUUAAAAAAAUAUAUAUAUAUUGAUAUUCUUAAUUAAUUUGAAAUUUGUUUAGAAAUGACAGUUUUUUUUUGAGAUAAAAAUAACAAAAAAACAUUUAUCAAUGCUGAAUGCAAUGUAAGGCCAUUCGUUGAAAUAACUAGGCUGUUCACUGUAACGACCACAAAUUAACUACCAUAAGAAAUCCGAAU